AUGCCGCUAGAAAUCAAGACAAAGAUCUUGAAACAUGUUGAUCCUAUUGACAUGAUGAACAUGAUCCUAAGCUGCAAAUCCAUUCGGGCGUUCCCCGAUGGCCCAUGUCGUGCUUCCUUUCGCUGUCCUGGACGGAAGAAUUCUAGUCGACAUACGGUGGUUGUGGGUGCGUACGAAAAGUACCUACCUAUUCCCGGUUACGCAUUCAGACGUCUGGAGGCAGUCGUCUUUGAUAAAGCUUUCGACGUGGCGGAUUCGUUCAACACGGAUCCAGUUUUCGACCACGACGUCGUAGACCUUCAUGUCUCCGUCAACGUUCACGCUUGCCUUGUCGACAGAGAGCUCAUAGAUUGCUGGCAAGAGAUCUAA